AUGUCUUCCCGCUUCGGACUCCGCUUUCUCCAGAACUCAAGGGCAGCGUUCCAGAAUGCCGCCGCCCCCUUCCGCAGACAGAUGCUUCGCAGCCGGCGAUUUCAGAGCACAGAGGCUGCCGCAGAGACAAAGCAAAGUUUCUUGCAAAGAUCAUGGAACAGCCCGGUUGGAGUGAAGACUGUGCAUUUCUGGGCUCCAGUAAUGAAGUGGAUUCUCGUCAUUGCGGGACUCGGUGAUAUGGCUCGACCAGCCGACAAGCUCUCCCUGACGCAAAAUGCCGCGUUGAUGUUCACAGGCGCGAUUUGGACGAGAUGGUGCCUGAUCAUUAAACCAAAGAACAUCCUGCUUGCUACUGUGAACUUCUUCGUCGGCUGCCUUGGAUUCACGCAGGUUACCCGUAUCUUUUUGCACAGACGGUCUGUGGAUGGGUCUACCACUGCUGCCCUCAAAGACAUGGGACACGAAGCCACGGAUUCUGCGAAGGAGAUGGCCCAUAAAGCUGAAGAUGUGGUGGUGAAGAAACAUUGA